AUGCCUGGUGAAAAUAUUUAUGAUGAAGUAUCUGUUUCUGCAUGUGAUAGAUAUAGAACAAAUACAUACUUUAAAGUAUUGGAUCAAAUAAUUUCAUCAAUUAAUUCUAGAUUUAGUGGUGCCAGAGAAAUACUUAAAGAUUUAUCUCUUUUGUCUCCUGAACGACUGAUGAAUAUGAAAAAAGACAAUAAAUCUAUUCCAGAAGAUAGUUUCCAUAAUAUAUCAAAUUGGUUAAAAGAUAUUAACGGAAAUGAUUUGAAACGUGAAUACAUUAUGUUUAGUCAUAGUUUAAGCGAUCUCGUUUCAGGAUUAGAAACACCAUUAUUGUUACACAAGCCAGAUGGCCCAGAUGAUACAUAUGAUACGGAUUCAAGUGACAAUACUAACACUGAUGAUGAGAACAACACAGGUCUAGCAAAUCCUGAAACCAAAAUUACAAUCAAUACAAUUUUGCAUGUACUAUCUAACUAUAAUUUGAUGUCGGCUUUCCCAAACUUAUACUUGGCCUAUAAAGCGCUUGGGACUAUACCUGCUACUUCGGCGUCAGCAGAACGUACCUUUUCUAAGGUGAAGUUAAUCAAAACCAGAUUAAGAUCCACUAUUGAUCAAAAUAGACUGGAAAGUUUGAUGUUAAUCAGUUGUGAGAAAGACAUACAAAUUAACUAUAAUGAAGUUAUUGACACAUUUGGAUUAUCAUCACAGGUUUUAAAGGAUGCAUUGAUGUUCAAAUAA